UUACGCUUCCUGGAUGCAACUGGAGUCGGAGAUGAAUGUAUAAACCGCACAGCUUUGUUUGACCGUAUUUUUUUGUGCGUGUCUUAGCUGUUUGUAAUUAUUUUAAACAUGAAGGUGUGUGGUUUGUUUUUGAGCUUUUGCCUGAGUGUGGGAGUAAUGGCGGGGAAGUACUCUCGAGAAGUGAAUGAGCAAAAGGACUCGAAUGACGGGGGAAAUGCCGUGGAAUUUCGUAUCGCUAAACUGAACCAGGUUUGGGAGAAAGCGAACAGGAUGCAGCUUGCCCCAAGGAGGCUAUCUGAGCUCCACAGUGACUUGAAGAUUCAGGAGAAAGACGAGCUUCAGUGGAAGAAGUUAAAGGCAGAGGGACUAGAUGAGGAUGGCGAGAGGGAGGCCAAGCUCAGACGCAACUUUAACAUCAUCCUGGCCAAGUACGGAAUGGAUGGUAAGAAGGACAACCGUGCCAUGGACAGCAACAACUUGAAAGACCAUGACGUGAAACUGGGAGAAACGUUUGAGGACCCCAGACUGGACAAACUGUGGAACAAAGCCAAGACUUCGGGAAAGUUCUCUGAGGAGGAGCUGCAGAGCCUGCGCAAAGAGUUCGAGCAUCACAAGGACAAGAUCCAUGAGUACAACAUCGUGAUGGACACAGUGAGCCGGACUGAGGAAAUCCAUAAAAACGUGAUCUCUCCACUGGAGGGAGAGGAGAAGAAGUCCAAUCUUCAUGAGAAACACACAGACCUUAAGCAGAGGAUGAGGGACCUGAACCAGGGCUUUGAGCGUCUACGUAAAAUCACACAUGAAGGCUUUGACACUGACAACGAGUUCAAGGAGCCCAGGGUCAUAGAGUUGUGGGAAAUGGCCAGAAGAUCUAAUCUUAGUGAGGACGAGCUCGACUCUCUCAAGGAGGAGCUGAAGCAUUUUGAGACAAAAGUAGAGAAGCACCACCACUACCAGGAACAGCUGGAGUAUUCACACCAGAAACUGCAGCACAUAGAGGCCCUGGGUGAUAAGGACCACAUCAUGAGACAUAAAGAGAAAUACAACACACUUGCUGAGAAAGCACGAGAAAUCGGAUACAAGAUGAAGAAGCAUUUGCAGGAUAUAACCAACAAAAUCUCCCGAAAUGGACUGCAGCACAAUGAGCUCUGAACAUGACCUCAGCUUCUCACCAUGACAACACUGAAAAUCCUUUAUUUCCAUAUGUAUUGAUUAUAGUAUGGGUGCAGUCACUUAUUUUCUAAAUGUUUGUUUAAAUCAUUUCAGUAUUCACAGGACAUUUGCUAAUCCACAGCACUGAUCUUUUUUUAAAUGAUAUUGCAUGGUUUGUAUUUAGUCCAUUGUAAGUGGUAGCAAACCCUUUUCAAUGGUUUAGGUAUGAAAUGAUAUGUGCACUGUGGUUUAGGUAUGAAAGGAUAUGUGCAGUAUGUUGCAUUUUAAGUCCAGUCGUUAUUCUUGAGUAUUUGAGCUGCUGAUUCCCACAGGAGGGGUACUGGUUGAACUUUGAAUGCAACAUUUUAUACAUCGGUACCGUUCAGAGUUUUAGAAAUCUUUUGAAAUGCUCAUCAUUUUCAUGAAAUUUCACUUAUUUGAUCAUGUAAUCUAUGUAAAUAAACGAUGAUUGUCCAUUCAGUCUAUUAA